UAACCACCAUGCCACUACCCUCUACCCGUCGAAUGGCUGCUCCAUCGACAGGGCAGGUGUCUUGGUUUACCCAUGCUGUCUUUAGCAUCACAGAUCCCUGAGAUUCCUCAGCUCAGCACGGACUGGUUGAAUUGCGGCUGACGAUCCCAGUCAGCUCUGCCGCCCGAUUCGACUAAACCCCAACACUUGAAAAAGCGAGGCGACACCCUCGCGAACGCGGCCCAAAUCGCAUGGUUCACUCCAGCACGCUUUUGUUUUCUUUUCCCCAAGGGACGGACCUACCUACGCAUACAAGUAGAGUUCUGCGACGAUAUCGCGAGUCCUUCCACAAGACCUGCCCAUCAUGGAGGAGAAGAGCGCGACCCAACAACCCAGUACCGUGACCAGCGCGGUGUCCGAGAUCGAGGACGACAACAAGGACGAGAACCCCCAUGGCGUUACACCCGUUACCUCUGCUUUCGCCGACUGGAAGCGAGGUCCCCUCGUCAGGAAAUUCUGGCGCCUCUACCUCACCGGCGUCAUGGUCUGCGUCGGCGGCAUGUACAUCGGCUACGGCAACUCGGUCGUAGGUAGCAUCAUCGCCAACCGUGGCUUCGUCCAGCAGUUCGCCACUGUCACGAACCCCGACACGGGAGAACCCGACCUUGACGCCCACCAUCUUGGUCUCUGGAACGGCCUCAAUUUCGUCGCUCAGAUUGUCGUCCAAAUGAUCUCCCCGUUCACCGCCGACCGAUGGGGACGCAAGUUCAACAUGUGGGCGUUCACCUUCUUCCUCACCUUGUCCAUCAUAUUCGAAAUAGUCGCCCAAGAAUGGAUCAUGAUCCUCUGGUCGCGCAUCCUAGGCGGUUUCGCCGGCGGCCUCCUCGCCACCUCCAUCAUGACCUACAUGUCCGAGAUCUCCCUCCCGCAGUUCCGCGGCGCCCUCCUCGGCAGCUUCUCCCUCUUCUUCGCCCUGGGCCAGGUCUUCCUAGCCAUCGGCCUCAAGGUCCUCGAGGACACCGACCCCUUCAACUUCCGCAACGUCUUCUACUCCGAGUUCGUCUUCUUCGGUCUCUGGCUCGUCCCCCUGGUCUACCUCCCCGAGUCGCCCGCCUGGUACGCCGCCCAGGACCGCGACGAGGACGCCAAGCGGUCCCUGCGCCGCCUGGUCGGCCCCGUCGACGGCUACGACCUCGACCACGAGUACGCCGUCGUCAAGUUCGAGGUCGCCCAGUCCGCCCGCCUCGCCCGCGCACGGGGCUCCGACUGGCGCGCCCUCGCGUCCCCCGUCAACCUGAAGCGCAUCGUCAUCGCCACCUUGCCCUUCACUUUCCAGAACUUCGUCGGCGUGCCGCUCAUCUUCGGGUACACGACCUACUUCCUGCAGCUCGCCAACGUCGCCGAUCCGUUUCUCGGGAAUCUUAUGAUCCAGCUCAUCCUCGUCGUCGGCAUCGUCUCCGCGUUCUACUUUAUCGACAUCGUCGGCCGCCGUAGCCUCGUCAUCUGGAGCGGUGCCGCCAUGGGCGCCAUCUGUCUUGUCAUCGGCGGCUUGGGGUUCAUGGGCCCCAACACUACUUCCUCUGGUAUUGGUCUCGUUACGCUGUGUUGUGUUUGGGCCUUUGUUUACGCCAAUUCGCUGGCUCCCAUUGGCUGGAUCAGUCUGGUGGAAGUGUCCUCGCCACUUCUCCGUGCCAAGACAGCUGCUGUCGCCGCCAUCAUCCAGUCUCUCAGCGGUGUCCUCUUCAACUAUACCGUUCCCCUCAUGCUAUCAAACCAAGGCGCCAAUUGGGGACAAAGGAUCGGCCUCUUCUUCGGUGGUAUCACCUUUGCCUACCUCGUCCCCGUUCUCUUCCUCUUCCCCGAGACCAAGGGCCGGACCUACCAGGAGCUUGACGAGCUGUUCGAGCGCCGUAUCCCCGCUUGGCGGUUUCACGAGACCAAAACGGCGCACCAGACCGGCGUUGAGAUGCGGUUGGGGGGGCAUUGAAUGAGCGCCGAAACUUGUCUGGUGAAAGCCGUUUCUUUUUUCCGUGCUGUUUCCAAUGUUCGAAUAGCGUGUGUUUUAUUGGGAAAGUUUUCGGAUAGCGAUUCUGCUUAGUUGUAGUUAUAACACGACGAGCUCCGUCUUUUCUUGACGGAAUAUAAAAACGCAGG